AUGGUAGCAUUUGCUCUUCAAGUUGCUAAAGAAGUAGAAGAUGAGCCUAGAACAGUUUGGGAAGCUAUGGAUAGUGAAGAUUCUAGGCAGUGGAAACUAGCCAUGCAAGAAGAGUAUGAUUCUUUAAUGAAGAAUAAGACUUGGAUUCUUAUAAAUAAGCCUGAGGGUAGUAGGGUUGUUAAGUGCAAAUGGGUUUUCAAAAGAAAAGAGGGAAUACCAGGGGUAGAAGCACAUAGGUUUAAAGCUAGAUUCAUAGCAAAUGGUUUCACACAGGUUGAGGAAGUUGAUUAUAAUGAAAUAUUUUCACCAGUUGUGAGACAUACAACUAUUAGAGUGCUUUUGUCUUUGGUGGCUUAG